CAGUUUCUGAAACUCGCAGCGGCCCGAUAUAUCUGGAAGCUGCGCGAGAUUGCUCAGACAGUGUUGUACAUGGCACGAAAAAAUUGCUGAUGGGACUAUGGGAACUAUACUUUUUUCUCCUACAGGAUUUCCAGGAUAUCCCUGUACUUUUCCCCCCCUCCUUGCAUCUCUUGGUCUGAAAUGUGGACUGUCUCGACAAAGUAGCUCCUCUCCAGUCGUGAUCCCUUCUCUGGAGCGAUCUGGCACCUGGCAACCAGGCAUUUCAAACUCCCCAUUCAGAUGGCAACCAUCUGUGAGUGGUGGUCAUGGGCCCGGGGCAGGUCGUAAACAAACGAUUCUCAUUCCUACUCCAGCUUCCAGCGCGUAAGGGGCGACACUAGUGGUCUACCUCGGCCCCAUCCGACUGUUUCAUUUUACUCGUCUUUCCUGGUUUCAUCGUACCUGGCUCGUUCUUCUGCUUCCGUUUGUAUGAAUGCCAAUGGACCCCAAUCCAACGGGCCUGUCCCACUGACCACAAGCGAACUGGAUGGAUCAAAUGACAAGGCGACGCUUCUCAAGACGGCGAGAAAGCUGAGCAGGGUUUUUGGCCAAGUAUCAUCUUCAGACCAGGCGAUGGCUCCCCCCAGGCUGUUUCGUCACAAGCGCUCCGCCUCUUCCGCUUCCUCCUCACUGGGUAGCCCCAAGGCAAGCAAGAGAUACACCUCUCAGCCUGAUUUGAGGCAAGCGGAGGUUCCUGCCCUCCCCCAGAUUAACGAAACUGCACAGGGAUGGACGCUUGCACCGCAGCAGGAUAUGUUGCUUGACAGCCCAUCUCCGUCCUUUCAGACGGAGACCUACCCUCCCACAAUGCCCAGUAAUUCCGUGUCCUCCCUGGCGUCUACGGCUGCUGCUCACGCAGUCACUGGGCGGUCCAAGGACAUAACGACUGGUCAGCAGCCUCCCGUCCCUCCCAUUCCACGGCAUGGGCGUACAGGGCGCCUAGUUCAGCGUAAAGCUGCUAGAAUGCGCAGCUUUGAUUUCACAGCGGGUUCGGGUCGUCAAGUAGACGAUUCCAAAGCCAAGGAUUUAAAGAGGUCCCGCUCCUUGUUCUCACACAAGCAAGGGCGUGCAGGUGGCUCUGAAGAGUCGCUUGAUUUUCACCAGCGGUAUAAUCGCAAUUUUGGGGAGGAGGGUGAGAUAUCACCACGGCAGAGGUUACUCAACGUCAAGCGUGCCAGAAAGAUGGCGCAGGUUUUUGGGCAGGACCCGCCUUCAGAAUUAAUACUUAUAGAUGAUGCCCAGCCUCUAUCCAGACGACACUCUUUCUCUUCUAACGUUUCUACACACAGCCUCGUACCUCCCACACCUUCUCUGAUGGCCGGCCCUUCUCCAAGUCCUGAGGAUGAGCGAAUGCCGCCUCAUUCCAAGGACCUCUCUGACAAUGUUGUCUCUGACUUAUCUGACGUCGACGAUUUCACAUUCACUUCCGCCUUCCGGGAGCGCAGGCGUCGCGCCGCUAAAUUAUCUCGCUUUUUCGGCGUUGCCUACCAGGACAUGUCCUCGUCUGUACCAACAACAGCUCCUCCGAUAGAAGAGCGGUCUACGCCCGACGUACAAGUCGAUGUACAGAUAACUGGUCGUAGAUUUUGGGGUUUCGAUGGCGGACACACUACCCGUGAGGCAGACAUGGCAGAUGUCAUCGAUAAAUUGCGUUACCUAAAGGCAGCGUGAAUUGAGAGGUUUAUCUUGACCUCACAUUUCUUUUAAUCGUAAUAUUCGACCGUCCGUUCACAUGCUGUAUAUCAUUUUUGCUUUCGUUGUAUAUUAGCUGAUGGCAUUAGCUUCAUGUGUACUACUACUUUUUACAUGCAUCACUACCGUCGCA